CCUAGACUUUCACUUCUCCUCUCUUCCUCUCUUCUUUCUCUCUUCUGUGCUGCUACAAUGGCGACGUGGGCUACCUUAGACUGCUCCUCAGCCCAACUGGCCCAGCUGCUGGGCCCCAACACCACCGAUGCAGCCAACUUCAUCUGCUCCCAGUUCACCGCCGUGUCCUCCAAGCUCUCCGACACCGCCUACGCCGUCGACACCACUUACCUCCUCUUCUCCGCCUACCUCGUCUUCUCAAUGCAGCUCGGCUUCGCCAUGCUCUGUGCCGGCUCCGUCCGCGCCAAGAACACCAUGAACAUCAUGCUCACCAAUGUCCUCGACGCCGCCACCGGCGGGCUCUUCUACUACCUCUUUGGCUUCGCUUUCGCCUUUGGCGGCCCCUCCAAUGGCUUCAUCGGCCGCCACUUCCUCGGCCUCAAAGACAUCCCCUCCGACUCCUCCUUCGACUACAGCCACUUCCUCUACCAGUGGGCCUUCGCCAUCGCCGCCGCCGGCAUCACCAGCGGCUCCAUCGCCGAGAGGACCCAGUUCGUCGCCUACCUCAUCUACUCCUCCUUCCUCACCGGCUUCGUCUACCCGGUCGUCUCCCACUGGUUCUGGUCAACAGACGGCUGGGCCAGCGCUGGAAAUACCCAAAACCUCCUUUUCGGAUCCGGAGUCAUCGAUUUCGCCGGGUCGGGUGUGGUCCACAUGGUCGGAGGCAUCGCCGGCCUCUGGGGAGCGUUCAUCGAGGGUCCGAGAAUCGGCCGGUUCGACCACUCCGGCCGGUCCGUCGCUCUCCGCGGACACAGCGCUACUUUGGUAGUCUUGGGCACGUUCUUGCUCUGGUUCGGGUGGUACGGGUUCAACCCGGGUUCUUUCACCAAGAUCCUGAGUCCGUAUGGGACCGGAUCCAUGUCAUAUUACGGGCAGUGGUCGGCGGUGGGCCGCACCGCUGUGACGACCACCCUCGCCGGCUGCACUGCCGCUUUGACAACUCUCUUCGGAAAGAGGAUCCUCUCGGGUCACUGGAACGUAACGGACGUUUGUAACGGACUUCUCGGCGGCUUCGCGGCGAUUACUGGGGGGUGCUCCGUCGUAGAGCCGUGGGCAGCAAUCGUAUGCGGCUUCGUCGCCGCCAUCGUUUUGAUCUCGUGCAACAAGUUGGCCGAGAAGGUGAAAUACGACGACCCGUUGGAGGCGGCGCAGCUCCACGGCGGAUGCGGCGCGUGGGGAAUUAUCUUCACGGCGCUGUUUGCUACCAAGAAAUACGUGAACGAGGUGUACCCGGGAAAACCUGAUCGGCCUUACGGGUUGUUCAUGGGCGGCGGAGGGAAGAUGCUGGGGGCCCACUUGAUACAGAUUGUGGUGAUUAUCGGGUGGGUCAGUGCCACGAUGGGGCCCCUGUUCUUCGUGCUUCAUAAGCUGAAGCUGCUGAGGAUUUCGGCCGAGGAUGAGAUGGCGGGUAUGGAUCUGACCCGGCAUGGUGGGUUUGCUUACGCGUACAAUGACGACGAGGACUUGCAGAAGCCAGCGGCGAUUCAGCUUAGAAAAGUAGAACCAAAUUCUUCUUCCACACCCGCUUCCGUUUAGAAGCUAAUCUCCUCUUUUUUUUCUUUUUCUUUUUUUAAUUUUAUGGGUUUGAUAUUUUUUAAUAGUAAUUGUUGACUAAUUAUUAUAUGUAGGAUUUGUGUAAAAUAAUGGUUUUUUUUUUUUUUGGGUGUAAUGGGGUGGGUAGUUGU